ACUUAUGAGUCGGGUAUAGAACCAAUGGGUGAUGCUUGGUUACAAUUUCGAAUCCGUUAUUAUAUGUUUGCUCUAGUUUUUGUUAUUUUUGAUGUUGAAACGGUUUUUCUUUAUCCAUGGGCAAUGAGUUUCGACGUAUUGGGUGUAUCUGUAUUUAUAGAAGCUUUGAUUUUUGUGCUUAUCUUAAUUAUUAGUUUAGUUUAUGGAUAGAGAAAGGGGGCAUUGGAAUGGUCUUAGCUCUUGAAUAUUUAGAAAAUAAAAAGAAAAACAGAAAAAAUAAGAUUGAGACAGUUAUGAAUUCCAUUCAGUUUCCUUUACUUGAUCGAACAGCCCCAAAUUCAGUUAUUUUAACUACAUUAAAUGAUCUUUCAAAUUGGUCAAGACUCUCUAGUUUAUGGCCACUUCUCUAUGGUACCAGUUGUUGCUUCAUUGAAUUUGCUUCACUAAUAGGCUCACGCUUCGACUUUGAUUGUUAUGGACUAGUACCAAGAUCGAGUCUAAGACAAGCAGAUCUAAUUUUAAUGGUUAGAACAGUAACAAUGAAAAUGGCCCCCUCUUUAGUGAGAUUAUAUGAGCAAAUGCCUGAACCAAAAUAUGUUAUUGCUAUGGGAGCCUGUAUAAUUACAGAUGGGAUGUUCAGUACCGAUUCUUAUAGUACUGUUCGUGGAGUCGAUAAGCUAAUUCCUGUAGAUGUAUAUUUGCCAGGUUGCCCACCUAAAUCGGAAGCGGUUAUAGAUGCUAUAACAAAACUUCGUAAGAAAAUAUCUCGAGAACUCUAUGAAGAUCGAAUUAGGUCUCAACGAGUGAAUCGGUGUUUUACUACCAAUCACAAGUUUCAUGUUCGACGCAGUAUUCAUACGGGAAAUUAUGAUCAAAGAGUUCUUUAUCAACCACCAUCU